UAUAUUUUUUUGUCAUUACAGCGAGAGUGCAUAUCGGUACAUAUCGGGCAAGCCGGGGUUCAAAUCGGUAAUGCGUGUUGGGAACUGUACUGCUUAGAGCAUGGCAUUCAACCGGAUGGUCAAAUGCCGAGCGACAAGACCUUAGGCGGAGGAGAUGACUCUUUUAAUACAUUUUUCAACGAAACUGGAGCUGGAAAACACGUCCCUCGAGCAGUAAUGGUCGACUUGGAACCUUCGGUUGUUGGUAUGUACGCGAGAAAGAAAUGACAGUCUAUUGUUAUCUUCUUUUUGCUAUUAAUAUUUUAAACAUCUACCUGUUCAUUUUUUUCAUUUUGUUUCGCUUUUUGAUUUUUGAAAGCUGUACGGCGGAAUUUAGGAAUUUAGCUAAACUUGAAAUACGAUUUCCCUUUUGGUUAUGGGGACAAAUCAAUUUUAAGUAGGUUCAUAGAUACGUUUUUUGACUAGCUUAAUUCGCUAACUGAAAAAAAGGUACCUUACUUUCCAGUUCUAACUGCAAUGAUAGACCGCUUAUUUUAUCAAUGUUUGUUCAGUUUCUUGGCUACUGUCGAUCCCUGUUACCGGUGUUGUCAAGGAAAGUUCUAUAGUCUUUAAAUAUUCAAUGAUUUUAUGAAAUGUUUAGGCGACAGUUUGCUAGUUGUUAAGCAAGCCCAUCUUCAUCCGAUGGGCUUGCAUUGUUAACACAAAAUUGCACUGAUCUGAUUUUUUUGGUUCUCUAAAUUGGGGGGGAAGGGGGGGUUGUACAUAGAAACUAUUUUCGGUACGUGGUGCAUUUGAAGUGAUUUAAGCUCCAAGCUGAAUUACUUCAGCGAAGAAUUUAUAGACACUUAGCUAAGAGCAGCUUUCUAGGGUUCGUGCUAGGCAAGUUUUAAAACAGCGUUUCUAUUUGUCAGAUUUGACGGCGUCAAGUAGUGUUCAUAAUCAUUUGGUUUUUCCUCAUAGAUGAAGUUCGCACCGGUACAUACCGUUGCCUUUUUCACCCUGACCAAUUGAUCUCAGGCAAGGAAGAUGCCGCUAACAACUAUGCCCGCGGGCACUACACUGUUGGAAAGAAUCAAAUUGAUCUCGUCCUUGACAGGAUUCGAAAACUGGUAAGUUCAGUCAGUAACCCGUUGGUGGAAAGUGUCAGCUGUCAUGAAAACAUCCGCCAAGGGAUUAAGCCUGCGAGAAUUUAACCAACAUCUCGAACUAAGUAAAUUCUAUCACCAGAGUUUUGGGAAAAAAAAUUCGUACCCAAACCAAACCACCCAUAACCCCCCCCCCUCCAAAUCAAACAUUAAAUGGUCGGCCCCUUAAACCGCGCUUCAAGUCAGACUUCCUAUAAAUAACCGACUCUUUGUAUCUGUUGGAUGAACAUUUGGGUAUACUUUGUUCCACAGAGCGAUCAAUGUACCGGUCUUCAAGGUUUCCUCAUUUUCCACUCAUUUGGAGGUGGUACUGGGUCUGGCUUCACUUCCUUGUUAAUGGAGCGUCUCUCAGUUGACUACGGCAAGAAGUCCAAGUUGGAAUUUUCUAUCUACCCCUCCCCCCAGAUUGCCACAGCAGUGGUGGAGCCGUACAAUUCUAUUCUCACCACUCACACCACCCUGGAACACUCUGAUUGCGCGUUCAUGGUUGAUAACGAGGCCAUUUAUGAUAUCUGCCGUCGUAAUCUUGAUAUCGAGCGUCCCACGUACACCAAUCUCAAUCGCCUGAUUGGUCAGAUUGUGUCCUCCAUUACAGCUUCGUUGCGGUUUGAUGGUGCACUGAAUGUGGAUCUCACAGAAUUUCAGGUAAUUCUACAUAUACAUUCUACAUAUAUAUUGUUAUUUCAUUCUCCUCAAAGCAAAGAAUGACGUCUUCCUCAACAGUACCCAUUCUUUUCUUUGCAGCCUUGAAAGGCAUUAUGUGUCGAAUUUACCCCCAGUUGAGUUUAGGUAGAGUUUUGCCGCCGAGGCCUUCAAAUCCUGACCCCGGCGAGAGACCCUAUUUUAUGUCCUGACGCAUUUCAUUUCACAUACAGAAUUAGAAUUCUCAAACUAACAUAGUGAAAAUAGAUUUGUCUGGAAAAAAAUUGUUGGUACCAUCCGGAACGCUCAUCGCUAACCUUUAUUUCACACUUUUCCUUGUUCACCCUGUUCAGCGGCAAAUAUCCCUUAGGCCAAAUUAUGAAUCCUUCAAAAAUUUACCCAAGGUAGCUCGGAUUCGACCCAUGCAAGGUUAUCGCAUCCAAGACAGGUUUGAAUUCUGGUGCCACGCUGUGCAUUCCGGAUUCCAGGUACUCCCUGGGUACUGGAUUCCAGGUUCCUUGUCAAUGGAACUUGAAUUCCGAUUUUUAAUCAAAAGCAGGAAUUCGGAAUCCCUCAGCUGUAUUUCGGAUUCCAAAUCCCAGGAUUAUGGAUUCCUUAUGUGAGGCAAUGGCUAUAGAUGGAUAUAAUUUGAAUUGGUUUCUCGCUUAGAGCGAUUUUCGUAUGACCUUGAAAUGAAAACGCGCAAACAAAACAAAAACAAUUAACGAACGGAAAUAGAGCGAUUUGAUUGGUUAAUCGAAAGGAUACAAACGCGUUGGUUGGUCGAGCGGACGCUCGGCUGAAAAAACUUCAUGCCCGAGAACUUUCUAGAAAUCAAUCGAUACUUCGCUUUGCAACACGAAUGGCCAAUCGAACGAUGCCCUCUCCAUAUUAGGGUUUUCUUUAGCGGGAAAACGAAGAGGCCAUGUUUUGAUCUUUUCAUCCAUUGGCUGAUAAACGAAUAACGAACACUUACCGAAACCAAUUUUCAAGGUCAUGCGAAAAUCGCUCUUAAUAAAUAAAUUCUCAACUGUUUUCCCUUGACGUUACAGACCAACUUAGUCCCCUAUCCACGCAUCCACUUUCCCCUGGCCACGUACGCUCCCGUGAUUUCUACCGAGAAAGCCUAUCACGAGGAGUUGAAUGUCGCGGGGAUCACCAGUGCCUGUUUUGAGCCAGCAAAUCAAAUGGUAAAAUGCGACCCACGUCACGGCAAAUAUAUGGCUUGCUGUUUGUUGUUUCGCGGGGACGUGGUACCCAAGGAUGUCAACGCUUCUAUUGCUACUUUAAAGACUAAGAGAUCGAUACAAUUUGUUGAUUGGUGCCCAACUGGAUUUAAGGCAAGUUGCCCUUAG